GCAGUGUCGGACGUGUGGACCCGGAUUUGUCCAUUACUUCCCCCCCCCCUUCCCUCCACUGCCUAUCUUUUGCCCCUCUUCCACCUACACGUCCCUCGCUCUCCCCCUCGCCACCUGCUGGACCUCCUCGCCACCUACCCCCCGGCAUCUGCCGCCUCCCGCUGGUCGACACACAAGGGGCCACAAUGAGGGUCCUCCAUGUCGCGGAGAAGCCCUCGGUCGCCAAACAGCUGGCCGGCAUUUUGGCCCAUGCGACAGGCGGCUACCAGACUCGCACUGGCCCAAGCCAAUUCAACUCGAACAUGGACUUUGUCUAUGACUUCGAGGGCCGGCCCGGGGUCGACAUGACCAUGACUUCGGUGCUAGGGCAUAUCACCGAACUGAGCUUCCCGGAUGAGGCGCGCUCCUGGCGACACUUUCACCCGGCGGAUCUCUUCUACCUGAAGGUGGAGAAUCGCAUAUCUGAUGAUGACAAAACCCGUCGGGUGUGCAGGAACCUGGAGGCCGAGGCACGCGGUGUGCAGGCGCUCGUCAUCUGGACCGAUUGCGAUCGCGAGGGCGAGUACAUCGGCGCGCAGGUGGCCGAGGUGUGCCGCCGGGUGAACCCCUCUUUGCGCGUUCUCCGGGCGCACUUCUCGUCCAUCAUCCCGCGGGAUAUCCACGCGGCCAUGCGGCAGUUGCGUAGCCUGGAUCGGCGGCUGGCCGAUGCGGUGGAAACCCGCACGGAGCUGGACUUGCGCAUUGGGGCGGCCUUCACCCGCCUCCAGUCGAUCACUCUGCAGUCACGCUUCCCCACGGCCAUCAGUGGGGUGGUAUCCUAUGGGCCAUGUCAAUUCCCGACCCUUGGCUUUGUGGUGGAUCGGCAAGUGCGCAUCAGUCACUUUGUGGCGGAGCCCUUCUGGAAGAUGGCCCUGCUGCAUACGGCACCCGGCGACGGGGCCGGAUCCCAGUCGCUGGCUCCUCCGGUGACCACGGCCUUCCGUUGGCGACGCGGGCAUCUAUUUGAUUUGGGCCUGGUUGAGGCGCUCUUCUUUCGGGCCCUUGGCCAGAGCGCCGGUGGUCGAGAGGCCCGGGUGUGUUCGGUCAAUGAGCGCCCGGUCAAUCGACUGCGACCGCUCCCAUUGACCACGGUCGAGAUGCAGAAGGUGGCCUCUUCGCGCUUGCGCAUCCCCUCGAAGGAGCUGAUGGAUGUGGCCGAGCGCCUUUACAACAUGGGGUACAUUUCGUAUCCCCGCACGGAAACCGACCAAUUUGAACAGGGGUUUGACUUGCGCGGGCUGGCCGAGCGCCUGGGCCAGGCGGAUCCCGCUGGCGACCGGUCCACCAUCGGUGGCUAUGCGCGCUGGCUGCUGGCGCCAAAUGGCGGCGGCGGGAUCACCUGGCCGCGCGCUGGCCGGAACAAUGACCAUGCGCAUCCGCCCAUUCAUCCGACUCGGCCGCCGGGGUCGGAGUUUUCCGAGCGCGAGCGCCGAGUUUAUGAGCUCGUGACCCGGCGGUUUUUGGCUUGCGUCAGUCAAAAUGCCGUGGCCAGUCAAACGACAGUCACUCUGUCCGUCGGCGAGGAGACCUUCACGGCCAGCGGGCUGCAAGUUCGCGAGCGUCACUGGCUCGAUGUGUAUUACCCCUAUGUGACCUGGACCGACCGGGCCAUCGGCCAUUAUGAGCCGGGGACCGUGCUGGAGCCGGACACCUUCUGCCUGGAAAGUGGCCAGACCACCCCGCCAAACAACUUGACCGAGGCGGAGCUCAUUGCCCUGAUGGAUGCCAAUGGCAUCGGCACGGAUGCCACCAUCCAUGAGCACAUCCAGAAGGUCCUCCAACGGGAGUAUGUCAUCCGCCGGAAGCCGGGCGAUCAGCUGGCCCCGAGCAAUCUGGGACUGGCUCUUGUUGAUGCCUACCACUCGUUGGGGUACCUGCUCGCGAAGCCGCACAUGCGCGCGAAGACUGAGCGAGACAUGAAGGCCAUUUGUGAGGGACGUGACACCAAGGCCGAUGUGAUUGCUCGCGAGAUCCGCCUGUAUCGGGCGAUCUUUGACCAUGUGUUCGCCGACCGCACGGCCUUGGUCCUAUCGGUGAAGAAGCAUCUGGAUGUGGCGCCCAAUCAGCAAAGUGACAGUUUCGAUAUGCUUGGGGCCCCGAGCUAUUCACGCACCGGCGAGCGCACGGCCCCCCCCUCAAAUCUCCCGCCAGUGUGGCGACCACCCGUUGCCGGGGGCGGGACAGGCUUCAAUGGCCCAAGCGCCAACCGGCGAUCCCUGCCCGACUGGCGCGAUUCCAGCGCCCCGAUGGGCAAACGCACGCGCCUCGACGGCCCCGACACGCCCACCGGGUCUCGUCCCCAGCAGCACCAGCAGUCGCAGCUGUGUUUUCAUUGCCACCAGCCGGGGCAUUUCUCCUCCAGUUGCCCCUCGCGGGCUGGCCACACUGCUGGCGGCGGGGGCGGAGCAGGAGGUGGGGUGAUUUGCUUCCGGUGCAAUAAGCCUGGGCACUUUUCCACCAACUGCCCUGAGGCCGGCGGAGGCCCGCCGCAAAGAUCUGCCCUGGGAUCCAGAGGUGGUGCCGCUCGCGGCCGUGCCGCGCCCCUCCGGAGGUCGUAGAUCCGAGCAGGCAGGUAUGCGGGCCGGUGUGCAGGCAGGUGUCCCCCUCCGGAUGCCUAAGUAAAUAGAAACAUAGAUGGGCGUGCAUGCGCCCCCCCCCCCCC